GGGAGGUCAUUAAUGAACGCCUAUUUCACCCUAGAGCCAUCUCAGCGAGAUAUAUAUGAGUGUAAGAAACAGACUUCAAUCAUUUUAUCCAUAAAUAAAUCGGUUAUUAAUAAGUAGUGAACCAAUCAACAAGAAAGAAGAUGAAGAAGGCCGUCUCAGUACUUUUAACUCUUGCCAUGCUGGCAGUCAGUUCACAAGCCGGCUUCAUGUAUGGAUACAGCAGCUACACACCUUUAAGUGGAUAUGGAUUUAAUUAUGGAGGCUUUGGAAGCUUUGGGGGAGGGUUAGGGGGUUUUGGAGGCUUUGGAGGUCUUGGAGGCUUUGGCGGCCUAGGAGGAUUUGGAGGUCUAGGAUUAUUUGGACCUCUAGGAGGCUUUGGCGGUCUGGGUGGCUUUGGAGGUCUAGGUGGCUUUGGCGGUCUAGGUGGAUUUGGCGGUCUAGGUGGAUUUGGAGGCCUUGGAAGUUUUGGAGGCUAUGGUAGCUAUUAAAAGGAAAUGACGCAAUAAGAUGUAGACCUAUAAUUUAAACGUGGUAUGAAAUACAGACAAAAAGACGGUAUAAACCUGUACCUGGGCCUAUUUUAAAGUACUAGUUUAGAUGUGAAGGUCUUUCUCACAGUCCCAACAAAAAAGUGAAGCACAAUCUGAGAGUGUCAAUAAAGGAUGAAAUGAAAUGUUUAUCUUGUUUCUCUAAUCCAUUGCAAUUAUUGUUUUGUUAUUAAUAUUUCACACUUUUUAAUAUCUCACUUUUUAAUAAACAAAUAGAUCAUCUUA